UCUUUAAUUAUUAUUUGUCGCACUACAUAAGUUGUUAAAUGUUUGAAUCACAGGAUAUAUAAUCUAAAAACUGCAAUAAAUGUUGUAUAUUGUUAGAAAAACAUAUAAUUAACCCACGUUAUGAAGGGAAGUCAAAGCUGCUGUGUGGUGUAAAGUACCAAAUUUUAGAUGUGCCUCACGGGUAUCCCGCUAGCAGGCACCUGCCUCACCACUCUUACUACCUCUGCUGCCAUCACAACCCCUGCCCUCUCCAUAGCUACCACCGCUACCCCCCACCGCUGAUACCACAAGUUUCAAAACCACCAGUGUCAUCCUUCACUCGUCCUGACGCUACACCUUGUCAGAGGAAAAAAAAAUAUCUUCUAUCCUCUAGAGAAGCCAAUGCUGAGUAGUUGGUGAGGAUAAUAGAGUCGACAGCCAUGAUGGAACCUUGAAGUCUUCGGGCCUAAGUGCCCGAGGUGAGGUAGUUAAACAGCACCAGAAGCGGUUGUGGUUGCUACAGCUACUUGUGAGAGAGCAGUCAUUUAUUUAUUCAACAUGUUCCAGCAGUACCUCUACCAUCAUCUCAACACAGUGUCUCCCUCAGCGCUGCUCUUCCCGGCGGUGAAUCCCCGGCGGCGGUUCCUGAUUCACAAAACCGUGGAGGAGAGAUUUCCCGACCUGGCCACCAUCAGCGUAGGUCAGGGCGACCAGCGACGCACCGCUGUUACCUUCAGGAACAACCAGGGAGCCACGACCCUUACACCACAACCCAAGUCAGCCAUCACGCCUCGCCAACACCAGCAAGAGCAACACAAGCAACACCAACCUCAGGAAAAACUGCAGCAAUAUCAACAUCAACAACAACAGCAACAACACCAACAGCAACACCAACAACAACAACAACACCAACAUCAACAACAACACCAACAUCAACAACAACACCAACAGCAACAACAACACCAACAGCAGCAGCAACAACAACAACAGCAACAACAACAACAACAACACCAGCACCAACAGCAAACACAUCAACAGCAACCACAGCAACACCCCCACCAACAUUGGCAGCUGCAGCAGGAGCGUGGCAAACAGCAACACCAGACCAAGCAGCAGCAGCAAGAACAUAAACUACCAAAAACAGGAGAGAAAAGCGGCAUACAUAACAAUAAAGGGGAGAGACGGCCACAACAGAGACAAGGGGUAAAUGAGCAGAUACAACAAGGGCAUGAACUAAUAGAAGAGAGGCAGCAACAAAAACAAACAGAGGUCAAGCAUCAGCAACAACAGAGACCUCAACAACAACAACAGACAGUGUUGCAGCAACGACAGCGAUCUACUCCGCAGCCACAAAGGCCAGAGUGGCAACAGAGUGAGGAACACUUCUCAGAGUGGCGACCACAGCAGCAACAGCAGUCACGUCAAGGUCGUCUUAGGAACAACCGCAGCCGUAGUAGUAGCCAGUCUUUGUCUAGAGGGCGCCAGUCUCAGACACCUGGGAGUGAAGGGAGCAAGAAUAACGAAGAUGUAAAGGAUAACACUGAGGAAGCACAAAACAAGAGGAGAAGGAACAGAAAAAAUAAAAGACACAAAGACAAGGUGGAACAACAAAACAAAAACACGUCGGAACUUCAUAAGAACGAAGAGUGUGAUGUAGAGGGAAAGAACACUGACAACGAAAAUGAAUCAUUUCAAAGACCAGGUGGCACAAAGAGUGAAAAUUGUGUGUUUGCUGGUGGCGAGGCCGUGAAACAAAACGAUGAUUGUGAAUGGAAUGUGGGUGUAAAUAACAUUUUGAGUGAAGGAGGAAUACGAAAAAAGUUGAAAUCGUAUGGUGAAUCAGAAACCCAGGGAAACAACCAAGACUUUUGGAAUAACACCGAAGAAAAGGAUUCCAGAUUGUCUACUGAAUCAUCAAGAAAAGACAUCAGUAAACAGAACCAAUUGUGGCCAUCAUACAGUAGUCCUUCAAGCAGGUGUAAUCUAAAGAAUAUGCCAGUAACCAUGCCUCCAGAGCAAUAUGCUGAUAAUAAUCGCCGUCGUGGUAAAGCAGCUGCUCAGAUCUACAGACCUCCACCAGCCCGUAGCACAAGAGAUGAUGAUACCUUUCAUCAGCAGCAGCAAAAUUCCUGCCAUCAACAACAAUCACAUCAACAAAAACAUUACCAUCAACAACAUCAACAUCAAUUUAAUAUUUAUCAAGAUGAUUCAUACAGAAAUCAUUACCCACAAGAAAACAAUUAUCAGCAACAAACAAACCAUCAUCCAUACCAAAUACCCUCCAGCAGACAAAGAACAGACAGUGAAAGCAGCACAUUGACUAUUGGGGGUGAUUAUCAGUACAAAGGAAGAGGCCGACGACCUGAUCAAGUAUUGUAUGUACCUCGAGGGAGGCGCCAUGCCCCUGGAGAGACUAGUUCAGCACAAGGAACACCCACACACUUGCAUGACUAUGAACACCUUCCUAGACCUCCAUCUCCUACAUUCUCGGUGUGUUCUGUAGCAUCGGAAUUCAGCGGACGAAACAGAUACAAUAAACAGGGAAGCCGUCAAGGCAGUCAGUCAUCAGUAUACGAUGGUGAAACAGAUAAAAUAAAAGGAAAGCCUCCAAUUUCCAAAGGAGACUUUAGUAGAGAGUCAACUCCAGGUUACGGUAGAAGUAAAGGUGGAGGAAGGUUUAAUACUCAAACACUUCAAUUAAUUGAGCGCUGCCUCAAUCAGGACUCUGAAACAAGACAUAAUGAACAUUCCCGUUGGGAAACUGAUUCUAUAAAUAAUUCUCCUUCUAAAAAUAGCAAAUCACUUAAUGGUGGGGGUAGGACUCAAAAGAGUCCUACACCAACCCGAGAGAUCCACAGUGUGCAUAGUAAGGAAAAUGUAAUUCAUCCAGUUGAGUCUAGUCAGCGAUCAAGGAGGAGCAGAAGAAAUCGUAGGAGACAUUCCCAUAGUAGAGAACCUAGUGCUGAUCAGAAUAAUAGUGCAGAAACAAACAUGGGCACAAAAGGGUCUGUAUGUCAUACCUCUAACAAUAGGGAUCAGUAUAAUAAUGGACUAGGGGAUAGAGGUUUUGGUAGUUGUGAAAGAGUCUUUUACAAUAGCAACUUCAACAUAAAUCAUGAACGGUAUGAUCGAGGUUAUGACAAUUAUGAUCGCUACAGUAGUAUUAACAAUAGUCGUACUAAUAGCCGUAAUUCAAGCCGUGAACGAACUCCUCAGCCGAGUCCCAGUCACAACUGGAGAGGAGGCUCGAAUCCAACAAGUCCUGCCAAAGGAAGUUUUGUAUAUUAUCCUAAGAACUCACCAGGUAAACCACCUUCUGGAAGACUUGGUUCUUUACCAAAUGUUUCAUUGGAUUUUGGAGAUGGUACAAGAAGUGCACCAAAUCAUGUUAGUGAGAAAAAUGAGAGAUAUAAUACCUUACCUGUUAAGCAUCACAGAAGUUCUUGCAGUGAUGCUCUUCCACCUGUUGUGGAUUCCAAAAAUUCAGAAAGUAGCAAUAGUUGCAGUAUAUCAGAUAGGAUAGAUCAUAGUUCAUCCAGUGAAAUUAGGCAAAAUGUCUGUGAUAAAAAUGAUCGAGAAAUGUUCAGUGGCAGAUGUCAAGAUAUUGAUAGCAGUCCUGGAAAAGAUAAUUGCAAGAAAAUUGACAACUUAUCUCAAUGUGCUUAUCAGUGUCCAACUUUGAAUGAUAAAAGAUUUAUAUUUAAAGACAUAUCAUUAAAGACAGAUAAUACUGAAGGAAGUGUGACUGAUGAUUCUUCUAGUAAUUCUGCCACCUUAGAUCAUUCUGGAAAAUCACCUGAUUACGCAGAAAAAAAUAUUUCCGAUACCUCAAAUUCCAGUAUCAUAAACAGUCAACCGAGCACUUCUCAUUUUGAAAUUUCCAAUCUUCAGCCAGGUGGAAUAAUUUCUGAAGAGGAAAUCAUCGAUGAGGCUCAGACUGAAGAAACAGUUGUAGAGUCAGUAGAAGAUUCAGCAGAGGAAAUGGCGUCCGACAGUGAUGUCAAAGACAGUCAAUCACAGAUUAAAGAUAAAGGGCCUGAAGGAAAAGAAGAAAAGAAAAACCUGAAGAAGUUUUCCUUUAACUGGGCUGAUGAAGUAGAAGAUUCAUGGGACAACCUUUAUGAUGAUACUGGUGAAUGUCUUGAUCCUGAUAUUAAACGUCAACUUGCUGAUUCAAUUGGCAAUAUUAAACUAGAGAAACCAGCAAAUGAUUACUAUACCUAUCAACCCAAAGAGCCUCAGAUAAAUGAGGAAGAAUAUGCUCAUGUAAUUGAGAUCUAUGAUUUUCCUGUAUCUUUCAAGACUCAAGAUUUGAUGAUGGUUUUCAACACUUUUCAAAAUACUGGAUUUGAUAUCAAAUGGGUGGAUGAUACCCAUGCACUAGGAAUAUUUUCCACAGGGCUCAUUGCUGCUGAUGCUCUAAGUGUUGACCAUCCAUUUUUGAAGACUCGUUCACUUGCUUUAGCCACAAAAUCAUCUAAGGCCAAGGCUAUGCGCAUCACUGAGGCCCUUUUGCCAUACAAGCCACGCCCUGCUACCUCUGCAUCCUUAGCUCGGAGAUUGGUGUCUGGAGCACUUGGAUUGAAGGUGAAUAUUUCUCGGGAGGUUCGUGAAGCAGAGAGACAAAAACUUAAGGAUGCCAAAGCUCGUAAGAAGCUGGUAGCAAAACAGCGACUAGAUGCCUGGGAAGGAACAUUAACGUGACACACUGGAUAUGCUGCUCUUACCUCGUGACUAAUUUAUGUUGACAAUUUAUUGACAAUAGUGAUUACUAAGGUAAAAAGAAUAUGGCUUCUCCAGUGCAUUCAAGAUUUAAUAUAAAUAAAUUAUACAGUUCAACAGUCCAAAAAUUGUGGGCUGUCAUAAAUGAAAUAAUUAGAUAUAUUAAAUUUAUAAUAUAACCUGCAGAUAAUGAAAUCAUUAGUCAUUGAAAUUUGUGUUUUUUAAAGUGUAUCAAAGGAGUGAUAAUGGUAUAAAACAGGAUCUGAAAGGAAUUUUUGUAGAAUUACAAAUAGAUUUUGACUGUAUUCUUCAUGCAUUAGUAAGAAAGCCUUAAUACUAAAUUUACUGUACAUAUACCUUAAUACACCAUACAAGCAUACAUAGGUUUUAUGAUAAAAUCCUAUAUUUAGUGAAGUCCAUAACAGCAUAUGACUUUUAAAGUAAUACAUAGUCUUGAUAUAAAUUUUGUAUAAAAUGAGGGGUUGUUGUUUUAUGGGUCCUAAUUGUACUCAAGUCCUUGAAAAUAGCACGAUGAAAUAUGCUGCUUAAUAAAAUAAUCACAAAAAUUUAUUUACCAGCCAGUGGAAUAUUUAAAGGGCCAGCUAACUACCUCAGUAACCUGAGGCGGACCUGAACCGCAAAUAUGUACCUGCUACCUCAGUGCUCCACUGACCGGUCCAAUACUGCUCCCAGUUAGCAGUUACAAAGAUAUAUAUAGAGCAAGUGCCUGAGGUAUGACUUCCAACAACCCUAUAAUAGGUCUUGGAUCUGUUAUCACUUAUUAUUGUAAUUUUAAAGACAAAAAUGAUAUGUAUUGUGUAUAUAAUUUCUGUUUGAGAUUGCAAGGGCUUAGCUCUAACUCUUGGACAAAGAUUUCUUUCUGUUAAUUGAUGUAUUUUGAUGAGCUUUACUUUUGAAUUUGUAUAUCGUCAUUAUCUUUGUAUAUGGUGACCUAACUCAUUGCACUUCUUUAUUGAGUGAUUGUAUUGUAUACUGUUAAUGGACAUGCAAGAUAACAUUUAUGAAGAGAUUCAGGGAAAAUGGUUAACAGGACUUCAGUCCUGAAGGUGGGAAUGGCAGUGCCCACAAUCUGAAGGAGGGGUGGAGGAUGUUGCAGAGCAGUCCAAAUUGUAAUGUCAGCACACUUCUGACAAGACAGCAGUUAAAUUAAUGAUGGUGAAUGUUUCCUUUUUGGGUCACCCUGCUUUAGCAGGAGAUGGCUGUUGAGACAACAACAAUAAGUUUAAUAACUCUCUCAUUUAGGAUUUUUUUUUCCAGUAUGUCCUCAUCCUGAACUUUCCCUUAUUAAAAACACUACUGUGCCUUGUGAUUUUUUCCCCAUGAUUGUUCCUGUCUUGAUCCAUGCCCAUCCAAUGACAUUAGACAGUUUUAUGGAAUCUUUCCUUGAAGUUUUGAAACAAACCUCUGAUUUUUUUCAAACGUAGAUUUUUUAUAUAUAUACAUAGGGGACUUUAAACCAGUACUGCAUUCUGAAGGAUUAGUCAAAUUGGUGUUUGUGUAUUUUCAAGGUGAAUGGAACUUCUUGGAUUCAGUAAUAUCUACUGCAAAGUCCUUAUAUGGAGUUUGUGUCCACUAGCCCCCUCUUUAGUUAGAAAGCAGAACCAACUAGUUCCCUUUUUUUUUUUUUUUUUUUUUAGGCAUGAAUUUCCACCAGUCCCUCAUUCUUUUGUUCCUUCCCAUAUCAGUCUGUUCCUUGUUUAUUUUAGGUAAUGCCCCUAUGUAUUUUAUAUUUGUUGUGAUCAUAUAUCUUGUCAUUUUUAUUCACGUUUAAUUUAUGUACCUUUCAUCAUUUUUCUCCCUCGGUUCAACAAGAUGUAUAGUGACAGAUCUUUAAUUUUCUUACACUUCUUGUGCUUGAUUAGAACUAACAUUUUAUGAUAAAUUAACCCCAUUUUUUUUUUUUACCUUGUCACUGAUCUUCCACCAAAGUAAGUUGACAAAAAAAAAAAAAAACAUUCAUCAUCAUUCAUUCAAUUACUGUCUUGCCAAAUGUUUGUUGCCUACAUAUAUGAGAUGACCCUCCAACUACAACAUCCCCUUCCCACCACCAGGAUUUGUUUAUAACUAACUGGUUUCAUCUGAAUCCCCCAUAUAAAUGAUACCUAGCUCACACUCAACAGCAUGUCAAAUCACUUACCCUGCUGGAUGCUUUAGUCCCUGCAACAUUAAGCCCUCACUCCAAUCCUUCCUGAGAUACCAUAAUGCCUUUCAUCCUAGAUUUAUACACCUUAAUCAUCCUAUUCUGCUUCAUCCCUUCUAAAUGCCCAAACCACCUCAACAACUUUUCCUUUGCCUUUUGUAUAAUAGCUCUCAGAACCUCACACCAUCUAAUUUUUAAACUUUAAAUUCUUUUCUUAAUAUUCGUACUACACAUUAUUCUUCAAUGUAUCUUCAUUGCCCCCAGCCAUCUUGCUACAAUUUUUAAAGCCUAUACAUAUCUCAUACCCAUAUUAAAGGGCUAGUUUCACUAUACUCUAGUACAUUCCUCUUUUUGCUUCAACACUCUCCCUACCUUUUUGUUCUUCAUUUGUUCUGUGAUUCAUCUCAUCUUUAAUAUCUACUGUACAUUAACUGCUUCCAUCCUACCUCCUUCCACUCUGAUACAUAAUUUUUCAUUGCUAAACUUUACUAUUCUCAUCACCUAACUGUUCUGAGUUUACUUUAUUUCUGAAAAGUUACAGAAGAACUUUGUCAUCAGCAAAAAGUAAUUUCAACAUGUAUCAGAUUCACUGUCUUUUUAUUCCACACCUCUCCCAACACCCUAUAAUGCAGUCGACAAACACCAAGGUGACAUCACACAUCCAUGUCUAAUGCCUACUCCUGCUGAAAAAUGAUCCUUUUCUCUCCUAUAUUCCCUAAUCUGAACCUCCUUUUCUCCAUUAAAACAUCACUGUUUUUAAUAAUAUACUAUAUUCUGUGCAUUUGCAACAUUUGCCACAUUGAUGCCCUAUCUACUCUCACAUUCCUUUCCUAAAUACAUAAAUGCUACACAUAGUUCUUUAUCUUUAUCCAGGUAUAUGCUUCAGUGUAAUUACUUGCUCUGCACAUCCCAUGCCCUUCCUAAAAAACCUCUUCAUUUCUUUGUAGUCUUACUUUCUGUCUUACCCAUAACUCUCAAUAAUUUUACCAUUUACUUUACCUGAUACACUCAAAGAAUAAAAACUAUAUACCCACCUAGUGACACAUUCAUUCCCAAAUACCUAAUACUACAGGUACAGCAUCGAUUUUCCGGUGACCUUUGUCGGUUUAGCGUUUUCUUUGAUUAUAAUAAUUAUAAUAAUACUAUUUUCCAUACACUGAUGGUCUGGAACCAUAUAAAUUUACAAGCAGGAACUUGAAAUUCCUGUGGCAGUGUAUUUACCACCAAACUGUACGUCACUUAUCUAACCCCAAGACCAAGAAAUACUGUGCUCUCUAAAGGCGGAAACAUCAGUAAUCCGGAAAGGCUUUGGAACCAAAGGUCUGGAAAAUUGUUGUACCUGUAUAUGCUUACUUCCUCCAUCAUUAUUAAAUCAAAACCAAGUGCUAAACCCACUAGGGUAACUUUUUUUUUGUCAGUCAUCUUGCUCUUUUAUCACUCAAUGGAGAGGCUUUUAUGUCAGUGAAGGACUUGUGGGUUUUGAUGCAGUGGUCUUAUGUUCUCUUGAGUGAAACCCAAUUACCUCCUAUGUAUGAUUCCCCUGAAUUUAGUGGUUCUUAAUGAUGAUACAUGUAAUUACUUUACUCUUUAACAAGUCAGCUGUCUCCCACCGAGGCAGGGUGACCCAUCAUCAUUCAACUCUUUCACCUCACUCACACAUAAUCACUGUUUUUGCAGAGGUGCUCAGAAUACAACAGUUUAGAAGCAUAUACAUAUACAGUGGUCCCUCAAUAAUCGUCCGGCCUGAAAGUCGUCCAUUUCGGAAAUAGUCCUGUUUUUUCGUCAAAAUAUUGGCUCGCAAAUGGUCCGGUAACUCGCUAAUAGUCCUAAUAGUCCUUCAUCUCGGACGCGUACUCACGCUCUGAGCCGCCUCGGCCUUUCCUUCCCAGCCAGUGUGCCAUUGUUUACCAGUGAGUGACGGUCCCCUCACAUGCUCCUACGAAAUAUUUCAUAAUAUUCCAUUGAUUUUAGUGCUUGCAAGUGCUCUAAAUAAGCUACCAUGGCUCCAAAUAAAACUUCUAGUGCCAGCCCUUUGGUAAAGAAUGUGAGAAACACAUAAUUUAUGAAAAAGUUUGUAGAAAAAUACAAAGAUGGUGGUGGUAGAGUGGAAGCAGUUGUGAUAGUGGUUGAUGAACAUAAGAAAGGAGGAUCACUGCAGCAGGUCUGUUGGCCCAUGCUCGGCAGGUCCUUUACAAUUCAUCCCACUAACGAAACAUUUUCCCAACCCAGUCCUCAAUGCUACCCAAGAAAUAAGCUAUGAUAACUCUAUCCACUCAUUUGGGACUUGCAAAUGAGUGCUUCCACUCUACUACCACCAUCUUUGUAUUUUUCUACAAACUUUUUCAUAAAUUGUGUGUUUCUCACAUUCUUUACCAAAGGGCUGGCACUAGUUUUCUUUGGUAGUAGUGAUGGUGGUAGAAGGUAGUAGUGAUAGUGGUAGAAGGUAGUAGUGAUGGUGGUAGAAGGUGGUAGAAGGUAGUAGUGGGUUCCUUCUUUAGUGGUUCAGCGAUUCUACCAACUCCUCCAAUGUUGUUGGAGUUAUAUAGGGCUACAAAAACCACCGCCGACUCAGCUGCUGCUUCACCACCAUUAUGGACGGCUUACACUCGGUGGCCCUUAUAUACCCAACAACAAACAACACCUCUCGUGACAUACGUAAUGACUUACUUUAUUCAUUCUAGAGUAUAUUCCAUGUUUCUAUGUUAUUAAUAUUGUUUAUUAUGUCAUAUUAGUUGAAUUGUGAUAGAUAAAUAAGCCAUAGAGUUGAUAUUAGUGUCAUAUUCUCCAACAAUAAACUUGCCAUCCCUCUCUCACACAAACAAAUAGACAAUAAGAACAUAACAAUGGAAGAACACUGCAGGUCUACUGGCCCAUAUAAGGCAAGUCCUUAUCAAAAUGACCUCCACCCAAAGCUACCCAAGAAUUUACUCCCGUACCCAAUGAUACAAAUCAAACUCAGCUCCUCCAACUCGUAUAUUUGUCCAAUCUCUUCUUAAAGCUACCCAAGGUCCUAGCCUCGAUCACCCUACUGGUAAGUGUGAUGUUAAAUAAGAACUUAAGAAAGUAGGAACACUGGAACAGGCCUGCUGGCCCAUACUAGGCCGGUCCUUCACAAAUCCAACCCACUAACAGAACAAAUGCUACCCAAUCAAUAAACUCAGGUGCAAGUCCGACUCAAAUCCAACCCCUUUCACUCGUGUAUUUAUCCAACCUAAAUUUGAAACUACCCAAUGUUUUAGCUUCGAUCACCCUACUAGGCAGACCGUUCCACUCAUCAACUACCCCUAUUACCAAUGUUCAUUUAUACAUUUUAUUAGUGCCCUAGAGUCCUUAUGGAGGGGGAUUCCCCUUCCAAAUAACCUCUCUUCCCUCUCUCCUCCUCCCUGUCUUCCAUUCAUCAGCAACAGCCUUCAAUAAAGGUAACUGUCAUGUUGAAUGUUCAUUCUUUUGUGCAUGUAAAUCUAUCUUUUAGGUAAAAAAAAAAUUUUUUGUUGAUACUUCUGGGUGUCUGGAACGAAUUAAUUGGAUUUACAUUAUUUCUUAUGGGGAAAAUUGAUUCGAAAAUCGUCCAUUUCGAUAAUAGUCCCACUUCCAGGAACGGAUUAUGGACGAUUAUUGAGGGACCACUGUAAAGAUACACAACAUAUCCUUCCAAACUGCCAAUAUCCCAAACCCCUCCUUUACAGUGCAGGCAUUGUACUUCCCAUUUCCUGGACUCGAGUCCGACUAUAUAAAAAUAACCGGUUUCCCUGAAUCCCUUCACUAAGUAUUACCCUGCUUACACCUCCAACAGCUCAUCAAGUCCCAAAUACCAUUCGUCUCCAUUCACUCCUAUCUAACAUGCUCACGCACUCUUGCUGGAAGUCCAAGCCCCUUGCCCACAAAACCUCCUUUACCCCUCCUCCCUCCAACCUUUUUGAGGACGACCCCUACCCCGCCUUCCUUCCCCUACAGACAUAUAUGCUCUCCAUGUCAUCCUACUUUGAUCCAUUCUCUCUAAAUGACCAAACCACCUCAACAACCCCUCUUCAGCCCUCUAAUACUUUUAUUAACUCCAUACCUUCUCCUAAUUUCAACACUCUGAAUUUUCUGCAUAAUACUUACACCACACAUUGCCCUUAGACAGGACAUCCCCACUGCCUCCAACCGUCUCCUCGCUGCAGCAUUUACAACCCAAGCUUCAUACCCAUAUAAGAGUGUUGGUACCACUAUACUUUCAUACAUUCCCUUCUUUGCCUCCAUAGAUAACAUUUUUGUCUCCACAUAUACCUCAACACACCACUCACCUUUUUUCCUUCAUCAGUUCUAUGAUUAACCCUUUCAGGGUCGACAGGCCCUCUCAGAGACUUGUUCUCAGGAUCGGCCAAAUUUAAAAAAAAAAAUUUUUUUUUCUUAUGAAAAGAUAGAGAAUCUUUUCCCGAUUAUAAUGACACCAAAAGUAUGAAAUUUGAUGGAAAACUUACGGAAUUAUGCUCUCGCGAAGUUAGCAGUCUCGACGAUGUUUAUGCAUCGGCGAUUUUGCCCACUUUGAGCCCUAUUUUUGGCCAAUUCCAGUGUAGUCAACAAAAAUCAUAACUAUUUUGCUAGAACUCUAUUUUUUCUACCGAAUGAGUACAAGAAACCACCCUCUUGCCAAUUUCACACAAAUUUCAAAAUUGCCAAUUUCCGAAUAGGGUCCAGAAUAAACAAGAAAGACAUUCCUGGCACUAAAAUAACAUUUCCUCUGUUCGUAAGUCAUGUCCCCAUGCCCUUCUUACAUUCUUUUGUUUUCCACUUUGAAUUUUUAUUCUCACAAAAAAAAUAGAAGAUUUACUGUUAUGCAGACUACUGCAUUGGUGUAGAAAUGGUAUAAAUAUUAUCAGCGCACUUGUGAAAGAAUAUUAGACUCGCCAGUUGACGUGUAUUGGACGCAUAGCAUUAUUUGUUUACUUUUGAACUUUGGUAAAAAUCGAACAUUUCUGCUACUUUGAGUGCAAUUUCAAGGUAGUUUUCUUUGUAAAACCAGUCAAAAUCAUCUCAAUUUCUGUAAUAUGUCUUCCAUUCUAUAAAAUGAGACCAGGAAAACUAGAAUACAAUAAUAAAUACCAUACGAAAAUACAGUGCAAAGUCGCUGUUUUAAUCCAAAAACAUGGUCAGUUUUUUUUUUCUCAUUACGCACUGUGUGCUGCAGGAUUUUUUUUAUACCGUGCACACUGACCACAUAGACACAUUCUUUCAUAUGUAGGCCUACCAACUUUCUCUCACUAGAUUUGAGGGCGCUAGCAUUUAGGCGUACUAGUACGUCAAAAACCCUGGUGCGUAAGCCAUACUAGUAUGGCCGAAACCCUGAAAGGGUUAACCUUAUCCUUCAUAUAUCCAUCCGCUGACACAUCAGCUCCCAAAUAUCUGAAAACGUUCACUUCUUCCAUACUCCUCCUCCAAUUUGAUAUCCAAUUUUUCUUUAUCAAAAUCAUUUGAUACCCUCAUCACCUUACUCUUUUUCUAUGUUCACUUUCAACUUUCUACCUUUACACACACUCCCUCCUAAACUCACACACUAACCUUUGCAACUUUUCUUUAGAAUCUCCCAUAAGUACAGUAUCAUCAGCAAAAAGUAACUGUCAGUUCCCAUUUUGUAUUUGAUUCCCCAUAAUUUAAUCCUACCCCUCUCCUGAACACCUUAGCAUUUACUUCUUUUACAACCCCAUCUAUAAAUAUAUUAAACAACCAUGGUGACAUUACACAUCCCUGUCUAAGACCUACUUUCACCAGGAAGUAGUUUUCCUCUCUUCUACACACCCUAACCUGAGCCUCACUAUCCUCAUAAAAACUCUUUACAGCAUUUAGUAACUUACCACCUAUUCUUUUUGUGUUCACUUUUAACUUCCUUCUUUCACUUUUACAGUGACAUCACAUAUCUUUGACUAAGGUUCACCUAACAGGAAAAUAUUCUUUUGCAUAUCCAAACCUGAUCUUCACUUAAUUAAAAUACUACAUGGCUUUUAACAAGUUAUCACUUAUUCAAUGUAUUAUUAACACCAGCAAUAUUGCUUCCCCCUCUACUCAUUGGCUUUUUUCAAAUCUAUAAUAUAAUGACCUACUUCUUUCCCCUUAUUUAAGUGUUGCUUAUUUUGGCUUUUAGUUUAUCCAUAUAACCCAUUUCCUUUCUAAAUCCAGUGUUGCUUUACAAUUGUACUUUCUUUUUUCUGUAUGUUGACCUACUCCCCAGGCUUUCUGAUUUCUUUUCCAUGACUACUACCAUAUUUUAUGGCAUUCAAGUUGCUAUCCCCCUCCCCUCCAAUUGAGUCUCUAAAAUUUACACAGCAUCUUGCAAGGCCAAAGGUUACAUUGCUUAUAGGCCUUGGCCUAAGCCUAGAAAAGUGUUUAGAUAAUAGACAGUAAUCUAAGCCCCUGUAUAUGACCCAAUAUUGAAUCAUGUUAACUACUUUGCAUAAAAUAAUGAAUAAAUAACAAAAAUAAACCUAAAAAUUCAUUAGUGCUUAGCACCUGUAGGCUAAGGUAAACCAGGCAAUGGAGUCAUAUGAACUAUACAAAUACAAAUUUUUAUUUCCUUGCAAGAUUACAAUGAGAUUAUGUAAUUACAGUAAUGAGUUGCUGUGCAGAGAGCCACUGUCAUGCCUUGGCAUUAUGGGGGUCACAAAAUUUAAUGGCUGACUACUUAAUACUAGAGAAAGUGAUCAUAGUUUAAGUUGUACAUUUGUUUUUAUUUAUAGUAGACAUUAAGUUUACUCAAAUUACAAUCUGGGGAUAUUACAUUGGGACAAGUUGAAAGUAUUUUGUAGGUUUUGUAUAUCAGUAGUAAAUACUUAAAUUAUAUUAUGGGAAUAUAACAUUGUGAGUUGUUGAAAGUAGUUUACAGUAAGAGAAUGCUACAAUUGGGUGUAAGGCAGUAUUGUUUUGGGUAGGUAUUUAUACUACAAUGUAGUAUUAAGUAAUGUGUAGUAUCAGGUUAAUCCACCUGUUUACCAUCAAAUAACCCUGUGAUAUUAAAUGUGAACAUUAUCAGAUAUAAAAAGCACAGGUAAAAUUGUGGUACAGGCUGACCCUGCUUAUACAGCUGGUUAGGUUCCAGACUACUACUGUAAAGUGAAACACAGCCUUUUUUCACGUUUAAAAGCAGAUAAAAGUCUGAUAACAUGUUUACACUAUUGUAUAUAAAGUGAGCAGUAGAGCUAGGCCUGAAAAAUGCAUAUACGGUAUACACAUUUACUUAAAAUAUUUUCAUCCUUGUAGUAAGUGGUGAAUAUAUUUAUUAUAGGAAGUCUGAAUAAAUGAGGAAUGGGUAUAAUUGAAAACUGCUGUAUUAGCAAAACACUGUAAAGCAGGGCCCUUCUGUAUGUUAAAAAGGGUUCAAGUAACGCUAUAUACUGGUAUACGGUAGUAAUACACAAGCCGCCAUUUGCACACACUGGGUUUGUUUUGGUCAUGUUGCAGUACAAAUGUACUCAUUAAAUAUUAAAAUUAAACUUUAAAACAUAAAACAUGAAAUAUUUUUAAAAUGCACGGAAAAAACUCGAAUCAGCAGCAGUCCUAGCCGCAGACACAUCCACUUGCACGCAUUGAGAGAGUAAGUAGAAAGAGAACAUGGCCAGUCACAACAAGAAACAGCAGAUCUUGAAUAACUGCCUGUAUACUGGUUAGCAAAAGUAAUGCAUAAUGUGUUAUUUUUAUAACUAAUAGCAUUAGUGCAUUUUUUAGCAGUUUCACAUAAAUUUAGUUUGUUUUUGCCACAUUUUAUGCAAGACUAGCUCUAUUUGAAAAUUUCAUUCGGCACCUCUGCCAUUUAGCUGAAUCACUGGUAAACAACCACAACAAACCUUCAACAGGUGUUUUUACAUGUAAUUCCUCAGGCUUAACAUAACAUUAUUACCGUGGAUACGGUUUAUCUUUUUUUCCCCAAAACAAUUUAGCCUGUGAGAAUUAGGGGGGGGGGGUGUCAUCCUAGACAUCAAGAGCAUCUUGUCUGCCAUAAAAUACAGUAAUUCUCAACAAAAUUGGCCUAAUUUUUUCAUGUGCUCUUCUUUGUACUGCUUCAUAGCUCUUUAAUUUCUCCAUAUUAUCUGCUUUUUAUCAUUUUUACAUUGUUAAAACCUUUCCUAUAGUUACCAUAUCUCCCUUUCCAGUUCACCUCAUUAUUAUGUUAAUCCCUUUUUCCUCCCUCACACACUUUAGCAUUACACUUUUAAAUCCACAUUAUACCUCUGAUGACCUCCCUCAUAACUCUUACCAUCCUUUUGACAUUAUUCUCCUUGUA